UACAUUCUCAAAUUAUAUAUAUAGCAUUUAUGGGGAGGGUGUAAAGCGUUCAAGUGUGAAUGUCAGUAAUCUGAUAAAAAUCAAUUGGUGUCUGUCUGACCGUUCGUGACAGCUUUUCUGAGCCUAUAGGCGCUACGAUCAAACUAGAGGCAGCUGUUUAGCAAGCCUAAAUACACAAUGUAAGGUGAUAAACAUCCGAAUAGUUUCAAACGUUUAGAAGAAGAAAUAAAAGGCCUACUGACGGCAGUUAGUAAAUACCAGUAAUUAGCCUAUCAGAAGAUUGACAUUCUGCUUGCGUGUCUGUAAGUAGGAAGCGCCACCUGCAGGUCAUUAAAGUUAUAUAAUCUCCAAAAGCCAUCAGCAAUACCGAUUCCAAGGGACACAUUUUCUGACUAACUAUUGAAAUACCACAGACAACCAUAAAGUCAAAACAUGAAUAUAAUUGCUUUUUUUCAACUGAAGACACUUAAGGUUUCGAGAAUAAAAUCUCGUUUGUCUGCUAAAACGGCCCCUUCUCUUGGCAUAUCCUCCCUCCUCCUCGUCGCUUGGUGGCAGUGCUGGCCACAGGAUCGGCUCAACGAUUCAUAAUAUGACAUAAAGUGAAAGGUCACCCGGAAGACACGGUGAAGAUAUAUUCAACGCGUGUUUUCUGUGCUUGGUCUGUACUAGGAAGCUCGCAGGCAUGUCCUACACCUGCAUCAGCUGCCGGGUGGCGUUCGCUGACGGCGAGGUGCAGCGCGCUCACUACAAGACCGACUGGCACCGCUACAACCUGAAGCGCAAGGUGGCGGACAUGCCGCCUGUGACGGCGGAGAACUUCCAGGAGCGGGUGCUGGCUCAACGGGCGGCGGCCGAGCAGCACCUGCAGGGCGAGACGGCGUGGUGCGCCACCUGCAGCAAGAAGUUCUCCAGCGGCAACGCCUUCCACAACCACCUGCAGUCUCACAAGCACCAGGAGGCGGAAAAGCGAGCGCUGCUGGCGGCCCAGAGGAAGGUGGAAAGGAUGAACGAGAAGAACUUGGAGAAGGGCCUGGAUGAAGGCCCCAUGGACAACAAUACCAGGAAUGAGGCGCUCCAGCAGGCCCUGCGGGAGCAGCAGAAGGCCCCAGCUGCGCAUGUGGAGGGGCAGGAUAGGGUACGCCCGGAGAAGCCCCCGAGACUGCAGUGGUUCGAGGAGCAGGCCCGGAAGAUCAGAGAGGAGGCCGAUGGGGCUGUUAUGGCGGAAGAGGAGUGGGAGGAUGUGGACGAUGAUGAUGAUGAAGACAUAAUGGAUGAGGAUGAGGAAGAGGAAGAGGAGGAUGUGAUGGAGGGGGAGGGGGCGGAGGCGGCGGGCACAGCAGGUGAGGUGCCACCCCCAGGGUCCAUCCCGGUCACAGACUGUCUCUUCUGCACCCAUCACUCGCGCUCCCUCCUCAAAAACCUGUCUCACAUGACCAAGGUGCACAGCUUCUUCCUGCCCGAUGUGGAGUACCUGGUGGACCUGAAGGGCAUCAUCCGGUACCUGGGGGAGAAGGUGGGAGUGGGGAAGGUGUGUCUGUGGUGCAACGAGAAGGGCAAGUCCUUCUACUCCACGGAGGCGGUGCAGGCCCACAUGACCGACAAGAGCCACUGCCGGCUCUUCACCGACGGAGACGCUGCUCUGGAGUUCGCAGACUUCUAUGACUUCAGGAGUAGCUACCCAGACCAAAAAGAGGGUGAAGAUGAUGGGCAGGACGGCGAGUUGCCGGAGAAGAAUCUGGAGUACGAUGACGAGACAAUGGAGCUGACCCUGCCCUCAGGUGCCAAGAUUGGCCACCGCUCUCUCAUGCGCUACUACAAGCAGCGUUUCGGGGCCCCCAGGACGGUGGCAGUGGCCCACAACAGGAACGCAGUGGGCCGGGUGCUGAGGCAGUACCGGGCUCUGGGCUGGGCAGGGGACACAGGCAGAGAAGCUGGAUUUCGGAUCCAGAAGGACAUGCGCUACAUCCAGAGGAUGAAGUCCAAAUGGAUGCUGAGAAUGGGAGUCCAACACAACGCCACCAAGCAGAUGCAUUUCAGGGCCCAAGUUAUGUUCUGAGUCUGCCGUGUGUUCCCCCACAUCACUGGGAAAACCCUUGUUUGAAACAAGCCUCGGUGCUGAUGGAAGAGCCCCCAGACUCAUGAACCCCAAGAUGGGUGAAGCUGUCAUGUGCUAUAAGUGACUUGCUGGCUAUGAGUAGAACCAAUUGUAGUGGUUUACUUUGGAGACCAAAUGUCCUUUUAUUGGCUUGUAGAAGGCAGUGAUUGAUAGCACAGGAUAGGUUCAUCCAUUAUGGGGUCUGUGAAUGCUUGCAUUCCCAUCUGUAGCCCACAGAGCAUGCGUGUUGUGUCUGUGGCUAUUGGUCGGUGGUGUAAGUGAUGCAUUUGGCUUGCCUAUUCUAACUGGAGUUUUCUUUGAAGCAUGGUCUGUUGGUCUGUAAUUGCGCUUUUCACUUCUGAAAAUGUUUCUGCAUCACCCAAACAAUUAUUCUCUAAAAGCAAGACUAGCAACCAAUCAUACUUUCCUGCAAAAUCAUUUUAAAGACAUUUUGAUUGCUUUGUACAGUAAACGUUAAUUUAUCUGAAAAGAUAUUAACAUGUAUGGAGACCACAUAAAGAAAUGCUGUUAUGAGUGCAUUGUAAUUAUUUCAGCAACAUUUUAAUAAAUUAUCAUGAAGUAAGAA